AUGUCCAACAUUGAGCAAAUACACCGCAUAUCAGUCGAAGGAACUGAAGUCUUCUACAGAGAAGCCGGCUCCAACUCCAAACCUAAGCUGCUGCUGCUCCAUGGCUACCCGACCUCGUCCUAUAUGUUCCGCAACCUGAUUCCUUUGCUAUCGUCUCAUUUCCAUGUCGUUGCCCCAGACCUUCCAGGAUUCGGCUUUACAGUACCAGCAGAGGGGUACGUCUUUGAUUUUAAGGCGCUCGCAGAGACCGUUGACCAGUUCGUGACGAAGCUUGGCUGGAAGAAAUUUGCAAUUUACGUCUUUGACUACGGCUCGCCGGUUGGCUUCCGUCUGGCCCUUAAAAAUCCUACUCGGAUUACAGCAGUCAUCUCGCAGAACGGAAAUGCCUAUGACGAGGGAAUCGACGACAGGUUCUGGGGUCCGCUGAAAAAGUACUGGGCGGCGGGAAAAAGUGACUCAGAGCUGACAUCUGUGCUGAGAGCAUAUAUUCAGGACAAGAGAAAUGUCGACUCUCAGUAUUUUGAUGGUGUGGUUGAUACGGCGGCGAUCGAUUUGGCUCCUUCGACGCUGGACUGGGCCCUUCUCUCUAGAGAAGGACAGACAGAUAUCCAGCUUGGCUUGUUCUUUGAUUACCAGAAUAAUAUCCGCCUCUAUCCGCAGUUUCAGGAGUUUCUCCGAAAUUCCGGUACUCCUGUACUGCUUACCUGGGGAAAAAACGACGCCAUUUUCAGCUUCGCUGGGGCAGAGGCGUUUAGAAGAGACGUGAAGCUGAAAAACUUGGAGAUACGCUAUUUUGAUACUGGCCACUUUGCUCUUGAAACCCACGCAGAGGAGAUUGCCGAAGCGAUCAUCAACUUUUUGGUUCCAAGACUGUAG